GCCGCCUGUCGCCGACUGCGGAGGGCCCCGAGCAGCCUCAGCUGCCGCGGGGUGUCCCCGUUAACCCCCACCGUUGUGGCCGCGGCGCGGCGGGGGUUAACGAGGGGGGUGUCAGCAGCGCCAGGUGGCCGGCUGAGAAACAGCUGAAAACCUCUUGUUUUUUGACUAAAAUAAUGCUUUGGGCUAAGCUACGUGCUUGGGUCCAAAAAAGAAUAAAAAGGUGGGUAGGUAAUGUUAUGCUCUAUUUCAUAUAAAACACUACAGACCUUGCAGUGCUCGUUUCAAUGGUGUGCUGUUAUUUUCUGUUUUGCAAAUUCAAUGAGUAUAAGUGUUUCAUGCUGAAUUUAAAGUAAGCAUCAGAUACUUUUGGACUUCAUAUCUACAAAACAAUAUUCUUAAGCUGUUCUGCAAUAAUAAAGGUGCUGUGACAAUAGUAUGCUCUUUAAAAUCAAUUUAUUUCUUUUUUGAACCAUAUUUCUUUGCCAAUUGGUCAGAUUUGAAGAGGGGCAGGUGCCUCUCUGACACUCAGCGUGUGCACCUUGCACAAGGAGGCUGCGUAGCAUGCCUGCAGAAUUGCUAGGGAAGAGGGGGUAAAUUUGGCCUAGGCACAGCAUUUGGCUUGGCACUGGAUGGUGGGGCAUCAGGCCAGUGUCCUGGCUUUCAGGCAGGAUGGCCACUGAGCUUGGUGGGUAGGGGGGGUGGACAACAGACAGAAGUCCACAGGAAGUGGGAUUUUGUUAGUUCGUGUCCUUGGCUCAUUCUCAGUUGCAGGGAAAAUGAAACUAUCCCCACCCAAGAAAGAAUACAUUCAAAUGUAUUCUUUGGGGAAUUGUACAUCUCAGAUCUGUCGGUACUAUGUUAAGUCAUAAGAUUGUGAAAGCAAGUUGACUAAAAAGCGAUUUUAAGUAAUUGAAGCAAGAUGAUCUUUUCAUUUUCACUGGAAGGAAAGAUAUUUGGAUUUUAUUUUAUUUUAUUUUUAUUUUUUUCAAUUGGAAUGAACUGACCUUUCUAUGAAAUUGCAGAAGGUAGAGUUGUGUUUUUUAUUGACUGUUUUAGAAGAGUUUUGCAAAUAAAUGCUUCGGUAACAAAUAUGGCAAGAUGUGAUGCUAACUCUGCUGGCUGUACAUUUGUUGUUGGAACUAAACUUUCACCAUUGUUUUUGUUCAAGCUUCAUGGUAAACUUUAUGUUCAAAACUACAUUUAUGCAUUUAUUUAUUGCUGUGUAAAGUAAUGUAAAGUGAGUAGCUUUCCAAGUAGUUAUUUAUUUCUGAAAAUAUACUUGUCAAAGUCAAAGUGCGACAUAACAAUAUUGAGAACACGCUGUGUGCUGAAUGACAAAGGUGUUCCUUAUUUAUGUCUUAAGUUCACUGUAAAUUGGUUUACUUUUAACAAUAUUUACCAUAUUACAAAGAAUACUCAGGUGGAAUGGGUGGAAAGAGUUUGUGUUUGGAUUUAAGUUUUCAUUUGGUCUUUCUCCCUGUCAGCGGUGUUGGAUCUCUUUCUCUAUUUCUGUGUUUACACCUCUGCAAGAAGAGCACUGUGCUUCUGUGCUGAUUUGGUACCGUUCUGCACCCAUUUUUCUGUUGAAGAGGAGGAUUGCAUUCCUGAUAGAUACCUUUGGUCCUUAGGUUUCCUGUACAUUAUGAUACCAUCCAAGUGUAUUCACUUACUGAUGCUGUGGAUGAUAGUCAUACUGGUUUAGACAUUUUACCUUCCCAGACUGAAUCCUUGUAAGCACUUGUCUCUCACCGGUGAGUAUGGGGAUUUAGGAUCCUAAUUUCAGCUCUCUGAAAUACAACAUCGAGGUCAGAUGUCUAAAUAGAUGAUGUGUCUCCUCCUAUUUUCACGUUACCACAUCUGCUGAACCCAUUUACAUUCCAUAUUUUCUCUGCUUUGAAAAAUUAAAUGCAUGAUUUCAUUUAAUUUCUUUUCACUGGCGUUUCAGCAGCAGAAUGCCAUUGUUCAGCCAGUACACAAAACACAAGUCAUUUGUCUUCCUUGAUACCUUGUAUUUAGUCAUCUGUAGCUUUGCUUUUAACCUUUGUUUAGCCUGCUGUCACUCCUUGGUUUCUCCAUACAUUGGAGACUAUGCAGAAUACCUUUUUUUUUCUCACAUAUGCAAAAAAAAUUUGCUCCACUAAAGCAGUACUGUUGGUUGUGAAUUCAUAUUGCAGUUCACUACAAGGUCAGCUUCCUUGUUUUCACAAGCUCCAUGAACUUGCUUUGAAUUACUUCUUGGUCCAUCUUUCUCUUUCAUCUCUGAUAGUAGUCUCUUCCUUUUAUUUUUAUUUUUGUUUUGUGUGUGCUUGUGUUUGGUUCUUCUUUGUUUGUUAAUUGUGUUGUUUUCAGGCCUUGUCUUUGCGGCAUCUGCCUUCAGGAGCAGCCCUCCUCCAUGGUAUCAUUCCAUCAGCCCCAGGUGGAAUCGAGCCACACUGACUGCAAGUGUGUUAUAAGCAAUGGGAGCUUUUGCCUGUGUACACACUGAGUAAAACUGAAUAAAGAUAAUUGGAUUUUACUAAAUACGCACUUGUUGAUGGUUAUAACCCUAGGCUGUAUUUGCUACUGCAUCAAUAGGAAUUCAGUAUUUUCCUUGUGUGUCUUUAAGUGCAGUUUUAUAGUGACAUUGCUGAUCCUACACGUUUGAUUGAACACUAUAAGACUGUGUCAACAUAAAGUAACUAAAAAAAUCAUCCAAUAAUCUGCCUUUUUGCUGGUGAGGGAAAAAAAAACUGAGGGGCCAUUAAUAUCUUCAUAGUGAAGGAGAAUUAUGGUUUACAUAUAGCUGUUCAAGUCUCUUGAAGACAGCUUGGCCUUGAGCAUAUUAUUACAGUUUUAUAUAUAUUUAUAAAUCAGUGAGGUAUUGAUGAGACCUAUGAAUUACAGGGCAAAAAUAAGUGUUCCCUUUGGUUAAUGUUACAUGACUGUAGGUUACAUGUGGCGUUUAUCUUGACUUCUAUUAUUGAAAUGUUCUUCAUGGAAAGAUUUGAUCAUUUCUGAGAAACACAAACUUAGAAUAUUAUUAUUCUAGGAUUAGCCUAGAGGUUAGUGCUGGUUGGAACAGUUAACUGUUUUGAGUUGCAGUUUGGAUUUUAUAACAGUAGAGAGAACUCUGUUUUGUGGUUUAGAUGCUUCUAAAUAGAAGACUUGCCAAUGUCCCAAAAUGCAUUUCCUAGAAGUAUCUUAAGAUGUUUGAAGUUGUAACAUCUCCUUUCUUACCAGAUCUACUUGUUAUUCCGUUUCCACAUUCAAAAUAAUAUUCCUGUGUUCAGGAAUACCUAGCACAGAAUGAUCCAUUACAUAUAAGAGCAUAUAUUACAUCAUGAAAAUGGAAAGAAAAAUGGAGAAUGGGAUGUUAAGGCAUCAAUGGCAGUCUAAAAUCUUAAUUUGGAUUCAAGGAUCACGUUAAAAGAGCUUAAGUUACAAAGGGUGAACACCUCCGCAGAUGUAUGAAAGUAAUACUGACAUUUGUUUUCUUUUAAUUCAUUGCAAAGAAAAAGUCCAGUGGCAAAGGAAAAGUUAACAAAGCUGAAAAACUGAGAUUACAGAAAGAAGAGGAAGAAAGGAGGCUGAAAGAGGAAGAGGAAGCCCGACUGCAAGUUGAACAAGAAGCAGCAGCAAGACUUGAAAAGGAGAGGAUUGAACAAGAGCUGAUGGAAAAGCUUGAGGCAAAAGACCAAGAGCGAAGGGAGUAUGAACUAGCAGAACUUCAUUCAUUGGAAGAGAAGUUUGUGUCUGCACAAUUGUGGAAAACAAAAUACAGAGCAUAUGCAAAGUGGGAGCAUUAUAUUGCUUGUGACGGAAGUCCUGACCCAACUAUACCAAAGGAAAUAAAUACUUUCAUGAGCUUAUGGCGUGAAGAUCAAAAUAAGGACAUUCAACUUGUUGUGGAGAAGGGACAACAGGUACUAAAUUUAAUUGAGAAGUUGCAGUUUUUUCUAUUGGACACACCACCAAGUGAGAUAACAGAAAAAGAAAUAGUUCAGUACCAGGAAACUAUUUUGGAAUUGCAGAAUCUACUUCAUCAGAAGUACAAUGAAGCAACAGAACACCUGCUUAAAACAGCUAAUAUGUAUGAAGAUUCUGACACUGGAAAUAUGCAGGCAGUCAUAAAGGACAAAAAUAUUACUUUCUGCAUUUGGGCCAAUCUGAAGAAGAAAGUAAGGUUCAAGAAUCACGUGUUUUGUGAUACACAUCAUGGAUUUGAUCUUCCAAAGUCCCUGGCUGUGAGCAAUGUUGCUGUUCGCAUAUUGCACACUCAUUAUGACCAUGUAUCUCCACUUUGGCUGCAGUGCCAGAGUGUGCCGAAAUUCGAAGUCUUAAAAAGCAAAGAGUCAACUCAGCAUUCAAAAGACAAUGUAGAAGAACUAGAAGAAGAAAAGAAAGCUGCAGAAGAGCCCAACAUGCCCACUGAAGAAGAAACACAUUCUGAUGAGAGAAAGAGUGCUAUCUCAUUCAAAGAAAAAUACAGUAGUGUAACUGACAUAAAUGAGAAGACAGAGGAGGAAACUGAGAAGAAAUCAGAAAUCUUAGACAUACCAUCACAAGUUCUGAAUCCACUGAUGCAGGAAAAGACCAAUGAAAAAGAAGAUGAGAUAACUGAUGAAAAUAUUGUUGAUUUGCAACAGUUUGUACCAGUGGGUGGUGUGUAUUAUAUUGAUGCACUGCAGCUUCCACCUCAGGUCAAACAAGUCAAGAACUGGAAUAUGGUGAAAUUACUUGACAUUGGCUUGGAGGCAUACAGAUAUCCCCCAGAAGAGUCUGACGAUGCCCCAUAUCCACCAAUACAGAUAACACUUAGCCUUUCUGACAACGUGAUCUAUUGCGAGGAGCCUGUGAUAGCCCGAUGGGAUCCUGCAGGCCAACAGUGGAGAACUGAUGGCAUCAGCAACAUAACAUAUGAAACACAGAAGAGUAUUACUUUUGAGAUGGGUGCCUUUUAUACAAUAGCACUUCUCCAGAAUGUUCAUCUCAACAUGCCGUAUCAGGCAUGGGAAUUGCGACCUAUGGGUAUAAAUGAAGCACUACUUACAGUUACCACAGUCUUUGCAGAAGUUCAGAUACAAAUUAAGGGUAAUCAGUGUAUGGUGGCUGCAGUCACAGUGGAAGAGAAGGAUGUGCUUUCUCACCUGACAGGAAAAUGGAUAUGUCCCAUCACCUUAAGAAAAGUUUUGAAAGAGGCUGGUCUGAAUAUUUUCCCAGGAGAAUAUUCAUACAAAUACAUCUCUGUGAACAAGAAGGCUCCCCUAACAGAAGUUAAGGCAUACCAACAGAUGGCCCUGGUUGCAUCCGCUUUUGCUUUUGGCUGGAGCAAAUGGAAUCUAGAAUCAGGUCAAGAUCAAGUAGUGUUCAAGGUAAGUGAGCAUCUUAAAGCAGAUUUUGUCAAAGACUGGUCUAUUUACAUGUUUAGUGGUCAGAGAGCACUGAAACUCAAGAUCACAGAAACUAGUGAAGCAUUUUCAAAAGAGCUAGAAGAAGAUUCUGAAUUUCACUCCACACUCUACCAUAUGCUUAAAGACUUCGCCAGCAAAGAAGCAAUUGAUAGAGUGAAUACAGCUAACUUCCUGUUUAUUGAUGUUGUAUAUCAGCUGCUCCUUGCUACAAGAGUUUUAACACACUCUUGAAUACUGCAUGCUUUCCUUUAAAACUUUAUUAUCAAAAGCUUUAAAUAAAGUUACAUUUCAAGUCUUUAA